GACCGGCGUUUGGCGCGAGUUCUCCUUGCUGGGACUUUCUGCCUCGUUGGAUGACAUGGCGAGACGAAGCUGUCCAAAGACGACUGAGCUUCUAGAGGAGGUGGAGGCCGUUCGCAGCCACCGGGACCUCUGUCAGGGCGAGGAGACGGCGCUCUUCUCCCGCCUGACGCCUGGCACGCAGCUCAAGCCGCAUUGUGGGCCGAGCAACCUGCACCUGACCUGCCACCUCGGCCUGAAGGUGCCACCAGGUUGCGCCAUCCGGGUGGGCCAUGAAUGGCGCACCUGGGAGGAGGGCCGAUGUUUGGUCUUCGAUGACUCCUUCGAGCACGAGGUCCGGCACGACGGCGCCGACAAUCGACUUGUGCUCCUGGUGCGCUUCUGGCACCCGGACAUUUGCCCUCGGCAUCGAGAAGCGCUGCUGGCAGCGAAAGCAAAGCUGCGGAAGCUCAAGGACUGGACGCUGCGCUGA